UUCUUCGUCCUCUUCAAACAUUGUAUCAAGACAAGAAAGAGAGAAAAAAAAACAAAUGCAUUAGAAUUGUAAACAAGUCACAAUUGUCGGGAAUCAAAACGCGUAUAUUCUUUCAGACCCAAAAAAAAAUACUUGCAUUUAUCUCUUUACAACAAUGGAUACUUGGAGUGACGCUUGGCUUGACUGUCUUGUCAAACACCCUAUAUUUGACUUGAAUGAUGCAGAGAAACAGAGAUCUGAUAUUAUUAAGAACAGACAAACAUGUCAAGACAAUAAUGUAGUUGGUUUUGUUCUUCAACACCAUACGCGUGUCAUUACACUCAGAGACAAUGAUCUCUUGGUAGCUAUUGGCAGUGAAAUACGAGCUUUGAACUUGACUAGCUUUAAAGAUGCUUGGAUUGAAGCUUCUGAGCAAGCUUGCUCUCAUAAUACAGCCUUAUUAGAUAGUUGGAUGAAUGCUGUGCCUUACAAAGUAUUGAAUACACCAGAAAUCGAUUUUGUGAUUGAAUCCAUCACUCCCAACAAAAAUGGUCGACUUUUAGCUGUCACUGGCCAAAGUAGCCUUGUGAUUGUUUGUUUGCCUCGACAAGGCUUUUCUGAUCUCUCGGAUACAAUGACUGUCAAAAGGAUUGAUUGUCGUACUCUAUUGAUUGGUUCCCAAUACUAUGAUAAAUCCAAGCAUGAGGUUCUUAAAGUAGAAUGGCAUCCUUUAAGUGAGACUCGUACACAUAUUGUUGUUCUUGGUAAUGAUAAUACAUUAAGAAUUUUUGAUGUGAGUGCAGAUAUUGAUGAACCUGAACAAUCGUUUGAUUUGUCUCCUGCUAUACAAACAUCAAAUGAGCCUAAGGUUGGCUUUUCUUUGGAUGAAGAUGAUAGUUCAGAAGAUGCAGUAACAUUUAGUUUGGGUGGUUCUAGCAAAAACACAAGUGGAUGGGAACCUUUUACUGUGUUUUAUGCUCUUCGUAGUGGUCACAUUUACUCGCUCUGUCCAGUUAUUCCUUAUCGCAGUAUGGUUCGCCGUAGUCAUUUAGAUAACCUUGCCUGUAUUUCGGAUGCUAAAUAUGAACAAGCCAAAUCAAGUACAGUAGAGGAACACAAAGUGCUGUCCCAUUUGUUUAAACUACAGAGUUUAUGGAUCAACACUUUGUUUGAAUCUGCCAAGAUUGCUCAUGGAUUAGACAGUGAUGGACUGCUUGUUAUGAGUGACAAGCACCAUAGUCUUCAUCCUGUACAAAGACAAGGUCCAUUUAUGAUCAAUCAUACUGACAUUCUUGCUAAUGGAGCUGAACCCUCUGACAUUCUCUAUGUCAAUGCUGAUCCAGUGCAUAUCCUUGCCUUGAGUCUAAACAAUGGGACUGUACACAACUAUAUUUUGGGCAGUGAAAUUGAUGCACAAUGGCAAAUGUCUGUCAAGAACCCUACCAAAACAUGGGAAAAGGAGUUGGCUAAUUUAUUGUUGGGUUCUGAAUAUUUGCCUAAGGCUUCUUUGUAUGAGACAAUUCAACUUGUUAAAUCAAAGACAGCCCCUCUAUUCCAAUCUAUGAGUUUAAUGGCUGAUCCCUUAUAUCAAGAUACUUAUUUUGUUUAUCAUGCUACUGGUGUUCAUGCUAUUGCUAUGCGUCCAUGGUUAGAGAGUCUUCAGCAACUCAGUUCAGUCUAUGAAGAUGGAGAUGCCACACAAGCCAAGACAAAACUCGUCAACUGGCUUAAAGAAAAGAAGUCUUCAGAUGUACGAUUGUUAGUGGAUUCAGCACCCUUCCAGAACGGAUUUAUGCCUAUGAUUGGCUUGGCUCUUGUGACAGACAUGUAUUUGUCUUAUUCUUUGUUGACUAUCACAACUGAUUAUCACCUUGUCACUCGCGACUUAAACAUGCGCCGUGAUAUUCCUGAGUCUCAAGCAUCUCAAAAUGCAGUCAAGGCUCAACUAAAGAACAUUGGUACAGAAGAUGACUCAAUAAGUGGAUAUCAAGCUGUGUUGCCUUUACCUGCUUUUCAACCCCCACCUCAUGGAUCUAAAGAAAUUGUGGUAAAUGAAGAAACACUUCGUUUCUUUGCUGAAUCAACUGAGAAGAUCCGAUCUGAAGCCAGAAUAUUAAAACAAGCUGCUUCCAAGAUGGAUGUCAGAUUGACAAUGCAAGAAAAAGAAUUCAAAAGACAAGUAAAAGUAUUAAGAGAAUUAUAUUACAAGCUACAAGAAUCCAACUCGGAAGAAGCAAAACAAGCGCAACAACAGAAAUUAAAAGAAAUCACAAAGAGACAUGCUCAAUUACGCUUACGUAUUGAUGCACAAUUACGUGAUUUAAUGAAAGCAUAUCAACCUGAUCUUUCGAAUGAAGAGAAAGAUUGGAUUGAUAGUCUGGAAAAGCUUUCAAAGAAGGUUUCUGGUGACUCGGGCUAUGUGGCAAGAAUCAAUAUGCUUCAAUCUCAACUAAACCAACUUGAGGCUCAAAGGACAAAGGUGUACAAGCCCAAGAUCAACAACAUGAAUCCAGCACAACUCCAAGGCAUUUUACGUACAUUAAAUGAGCAAUCAACUACCAUCAAGCAAGUUACUGAAAGAAUGGAUAAACUUGAUACUAAAUUACAAACUACUUAAACAAUAAAAAUAAGA